AUACACGGAAGUCUGUUGUGAUUUUGUUUGUUUCAUUGUAAUACUGAAUUCAAAGCAGCCAUGUUUUGCGUUGCGCGCGUUUGAUAUCGCACUGAAUUUACCACACCCAUAGUCUUCUCGAUCAACAAUUACACCCGGAAGUUCCUCAAAAUGGCUUUGGUUGUGGUUGCCAUCGAUGAGAGUAAAUUUGCCCAGUACGCAUUUAAAUUUUACGCCGAGCACCUCCACAAGCCGUCCUACCGAGUAAUACUGUACCACGCACUGGAGAAUCUGUUCGCCAAAGACAUCAGUGCAGCCCGACUAGCAGAAUAUAACAGUAAAUGUGAAAAGAAAACUGCUGCCUUAACAGAGCUGUACACAAAGCUUGCUGAGGAUAGGCAGAUAGAGGUGGAGAUUCGCGUGGAGAAGGUGGGAGUGAGACCGGAGCACGCCAUCUCCGACUUCAUCACCCAGGAAAAGCCAAAGUUCGUGGUGACGGGGACCCGGGGGGUGGGCGUGGUCCGCCGGACGAUACUAGGCAGCACCAGCGACUUCAUCCUCCACCACGCCAACUGUCCCGUUGUCAUCUGUACGAUGGAGGAUCCCUGAGGCACUGUGUGGUACCACAUGGCGCUACAGAAUGACAUCUUUAAUACUAAAAGAAUCCAUUUACAAAUGUACAGUCAUGUACUGUGUAAAAUAACGUAAUUGUGUACUAGACAUUCGGUGUGUGCCAUUAAUUAAGUAGAUUUGAAUGUGGUAUUCCAUUGUAACAUAUAAAUUCAUUCCAUCAUAUACAUUGUAGGUGUGCAUGUAUAUACAGAGUAUAUUGCAAUGUAAUUGAAGUUUUUGAAUGAUAUUUUGACCUACAUGUAAUGUGUAUAUGUGUACUAUAAGUACAGAGCCAUUUUAAAGACUUCGUCUGGUAAAUAAAAAGGAUAAAUGUG